AUAUAUGUGUCUGUAUAUAUCUAUGUUUUACACACAUGUGCGUACCUGAUUAUCAACACUAUGCCCAUUCGCCCUAUUGGAACUUAUCAACAACUGCAAUCGAAACGUACUGAGAGCGACAUCAAUAGUUCGCAACAGCAGGACCUAUACCUAGGUAUGGUUGUUCGCACGUGUGGGAACUCUCACUACAACCCAUUGACAGAUAAAUCAGAGCCUUGCGUUCUUACCGAGUUAGGAUCAUCUCUUGAUUAUCCAGCGCGUGUGUGUACAGAGCACGUGAGCCAAUGGACAAACAUCUGGGCCUGAAAUACCAUCAACAAGGUGCUGUAGUAGUGUUAUCUCGGAGUAUACUACAAACCACGUCUCGGUUGGAGUAAACACAAACAGAUGAUUUGUACGAGUCAUGGUGAUGAUGACGUACCGAAAUCACUGCACAGGACAGAAUAGAUGGUUAGAAUCAGUUGAUAGACACAUAUAGUUCAGGCCUAACUGAGUUGUCUGUUCUGAGAGCUACUCAUAGUGCAAGCGGCGAUAUGUGAAGACCUCAGGCAUAAAGAAGAUGAUCCUUUGAAGAAUCAUACCAAAACAGCUCAACUCUAGAGAUUUCGUACAGAGACUGCUUGAUAGCUCACCAAAUGACUUUCAGAAUGUGCACCAUGGCUCUGGAUUGGGCGAAACUGGCCGUGGUUCUGCUAGUCCUGGGGUGUCUCACUGACACCUCACAGGGGUCAAGGUCUGCCCAUGAAGUUUUGUCUCACGCUAGCAUUGAAGGACAUAUGUCGCAUAGACAACAAUUACUCGAUAACAUUACAACGGGGUAUGACCCGCGGAUUCCUCCUGGAUACGAGACUAACACGCCCAUCACAAGUGCUGUACAACUUUACAUUUUGUCUAUUGACUCCAUCAGUGACUCGACCAUGGACUUCGGCAUGAGUAUGUUCAUCAGACAGAGGUGGAAUGACAAUAGAUUAACAUACACUGCCUUCGGAGGUCUCAAAAAUCUUGAGCUUGACACCAAGAUGAUCGACAGUAUCUGGGUUCCCGACCUUUACAUCGUAAACGAGAAGAAGGCAUAUUUCCAUGUAGUUACUGUACCUAAUAAACUCAUGCACAUCUAUCCUAACGGUGACGUCUUCUACAGUAUGAGGGUCUCUGGUCGAUUUGCCUGCAAUAUGCAUCUACAUAAGUAUCCAUUGGAUGAACAACGGUGUUCCUUAAGACUGGAAAGCUAUGGAUACAGUGUGGAAACAUUGCUGCUACGUUGGAAUGAUUUACCAGUUGAAAAGUCGCCAAAACUAUCCCUUCCACAGUUUGAAAUGGGCGAAAUAACAGAUCACAUCUGUGACGUAACGUACGCAGGAGUGAAUUACACCUGUAUAUCGAUGUCUGUGAAGUUAUCGAGGAACUACGGCUACUACAUAAUCCAGGUAUUCAUCCCGAGCAUACUCAUCGUCUUACUGUCCUGGGUCUCCUUCUGGCUAAACAUUGAUGCUGUUCCUGCCAGAAUAUCUCUAGGACUUUUAACAGUGCUUACCAUGACAACACAGAGUUCUGGGGCACGUGCAACAUUGCCACGUGUGUCCUAUGUGAAAGCCAUUGAUGUGUGGAUGUCGAUGUGCCUUAUAUUUGUGUUUUCUGCUCUGAUCGAAUUCGCCUAUGUGAAUGUUCUCGCCAGGGUAGAACAAAGACGACGACAAACGAUAAAGAGCAGGGGUCAGCCCCCAGAUGACGAAAACGGCAAAACGGAGGAAGACUCGCCACCGCAGAAAAAAGGAAAGUUCUUUAAGGACGCAAUACGGAGAGAACGUGCGAGAAACGUCGACAAAUUAGCAAGAAUAAUCUUUCCUUUAAUAUUUGGAAUAUUUAAUUUAUGUUUCUGGACAGUCUAUAUUUUCUGGCAGCCCGAGGAAGUAAUAGCUGCAGAAAAGGAGAUGAUGCUAGAGGGGUGAUAAUUUCUAUGAAUAAAUAUAUAUAUUGAUCCUUUCUACAUUUCCAAAUCAAUUAAAGAAUUAAUAUUUAUAGUUUAUUUUAACAGAAUUCAGUUUAUUUCAGUAUAUUUUGUUUAUUCAUUUUAUUUGUUUUUAUUUUUAUGAUAUUACCUGGAUACAUUGUAUUUGUAUGAAUACUCCUACCUAAGCGAUUUUGCUUCCUAUAUAACAUUUUAUACUCGUCAUUUACCUUGUAUAGCCAUACAAUUAGGUAGAGUCUGCAUUUUCCUAACUCUGAUUGGCCAAGACGAGGCCAGUUUUGGUCUAUAUGUCAAUAUGUUGACUAGAUGUUAUCAUGUUUCGGAAAUGAUUUUAUUUAUGUCGCCACAUCAAUUGUUACCCAACAAUGCUCUCUGACAAUGGUACUACCUUCUCUUAGCCAUUUUUCAUUUCUUGAACUCGGAUUUGCUAAAGCAUGGCCAUGUGUGAUUCAGUGUGUCUGUAUAUAAACUCGAUAUUGCUUUUUUAGAAACAAAAGGUCAAUAUUUUCAUUACUUUACUUCAAUUCUCUCAUCCGAAGGCAAUACUUUGCGACUUUAUGCCCUUUUAUAAUUAUAAAGGUGAUUAAUUUUACAACAAUUAUGAAACGAGUUAUUUCAACUUAUAGCAACCACACUGUUGGCUCGAAUGUUAGGCCUUAAUGUGUAAAGAAACCGGAGUACCCGGAGAAAACCCACGUGGUCGGGCAGGAGACCUCAUGCAUUUUUACGUCAGAUGGGGAAAUGGAACCCCGGCCGCCUUGGUGAAACAUGUCUGCGUUAUCCAUUGCGCCAUUCGACUUUCGUACUUUCCAUUCUAUUUAAUGAUUUCUCAUUUUCUGUAUUCAGGUUACAAUGAAGUAUUUUUUACUACCCUUUAAAGUAAUUUUGAAAUCUGUAAAACCUCAUAUUCACAUCAAUGAAGAUACAUUUCUGACAAUAACAGUACACGUCUCUGUAUUACUUUUAUAUCGACCUUCGUGAUUUUGUUGUUUUAUUGGUAUACUCGUUGUAGAUCGUUAGUAUCGUGCCUUUAUUACCUCCGGUAAAAUAUAAUGGUGCAUGUAUCAACGAGGAGCUAUCGUCGGAGAGGUUAAUACGUAUAUCUGGUCUAAACUCUUUGGUAACAUAGAGUUGGUGAUUUUGAUUUAUUCAGGCUCACCUAACUUUGGGUCAUCAAAGUAGAAUCCAAAUCACGAAGUUUGAGUGCCAUGUUAUAUAUGUAACAUAUGUGUGGUAGAAUACGAUGAAUUGUUUUAUACUGACUUACAAGCAUAUCCUUUCGUGGUUCUUAUUAGCCUUAAUCGCCUCCAUAAAUUUGUCUUCAAAUGUGCAUAAUGUAGACACAUUUUGCAACGACUAUUGAAGUGUUGACAUGCAUUUGUGUUAUUGUUGUCCAACAUAUCAUUUGUGUAAGAUAGUCCAAUGGCAUCAACCGAUCGUCAGCUUGUCAUCAAAAUACUAAGAAAAAAAAUAGCUUCGUGGCUUAAAACACUUUUGUUCCAUUUUGAAACUUUGCUUGGUAUUUAUGAUCAUACGGCAUGUUGUUUUUAAUCAAUCAAAUUGAAAAUCAUAUUAAAUUUAAACUAUAUCUUUAAAACUUGAAUUUAACCUUUUAUCAAUAAAGUGUGUGCUUUUAUUUGAUAUAUAAACUGCAUGUAUAAUAUCCAUUACUCGUCACCAUUAUUGACAUAGAUUUAACUUUAAAUGUUAAUUAAACACGUUUAGUCCUACUGCUAACUUAUUGACUUAUGGGAAUAUUCCACGACAUUCUUACUGCUAACAUAUUGACUAAAUGUGAAUAUACCACGACAUUCUUACUGCUAACAUAUUGACUAAAUGUGAAUAUACCACGCUCAGUCUUACUGCUAACAUAUUGACUUAAUGUGAUUAUGUUAUGCUUGAAAAUUCUUCGCCUCCGUUAUAUCUAAAAAAAUCCAAACUACUUGAAGAAAAUGAUGCUGUAAA